AUGUCGAUGGAUUUGGAUGACCAGCCCAUCUCUAUAGCCCCUGUCUCUCAGCAGCAGGGCGCUGCAACUAUUCUCUGUUGCAACUGCGGUGCCCCCAUCGAUGGAACCGCUUCCACCGGCGCUCUCUGCUACGACUGCAUCAAGCUCACCGUCGACAUCUCCCAGGGCGUCCAGCGAGAGGCGGUGCUCAACUUCUGCCGAGAUUGCGACCGAUGGCUCAUGCCCCCCAACAGCUGGGUCGUCGCCUCCCCCGAGUCCCGCGAACUGCUGGCCCUAUGCCUCAAGAAACUUCGAGGCAUGAACAAAGUCCGUCUUGUGGACGCACAUUUCAUCUGGACUGAACCCCAUUCGCGAAGAAUCAAGGUCAAGAUCACCAUCCAGGAUUCUGUUCAGGAUGGCAUGCUGCUCCAGCAGAGUUUCGAGGUCAUAUACGUGGUGGCGUACCAGCAGUGCCCUGAGUGUGCCAAGUCGUACACUGCCAACGUCUGGCGAGCUGCUGUUCAGGUCCGCCAGAAGGUCCUCCACAAGCGAACUUUCUUGUUCCUCGAGCAGCUUAUCAUGAAGCACGGCGCGCACAAGGACACCCUCAACAUCAGGGAGGCCAAGGAUGGUAUCGACUUUUUCUUCUCUCAAAGGAACCAGGCCGAGAAGUUUAUCGACUUCCUCAACUCCGUGGUCCCCGUCAAGAUCAAGUCUUCGCAGGAGCUGAUUUCUCACGAUGUCCACACUUCCAAGACGCAGUACAAGUUCACAUACUCGGCCGAGUUGGUGCCGAUAUGUAAGGACGAUUUGGUCGCCCUGCCCAUCAAGAUGGCCAAGCAGAGCGGCAACAUCUCUCCUCUCCUUCUUUGCCACAAGAUUGGUACUUCUGUCUAUCUCUUGGACCCUCAAACUCUCCAGACUGCUGAUAUCAGCGCCCCAAUCUACUGGCGAGCCCCUUUCCUGUCGCUUUCCGAUACACACGAGCUUGUAGAGUUCAUCGUCAUGGACAUCGACCUCACAUCAACCCAGAAGGGCAAGUGGACGCUUGGCGAGGCCACAGUCGCGCGAGCUUCUGAUCUCGGUCACAACGACCGAACAUACUUCACAAGAACCCACAUGGGUAAACUCCUCCAGCCUGGUGAUUCGGCCAUGGGUUAUCUGCUGGCUGGUACCGUCUUUAAUAACACCGAAUACGAGGCGAUCGAGGCCUCCAACACAUACUCGUCGAGAAUUCCCGACGUGGUACUAGUGAAGAAGCACUACCCCCGCCGCAGAAAGAACCGCAAGAGAAACUGGCAGCUCAAGCGCAUGGGCAAGGACGAGGGCGAGCUUCUGCCCAAGAAGGCCGACCAAGAACGUAUGGAUCAAGAGUACGAGCAGUUCUUGCGAGAUGUCGAGGAGGACGAGGAGCUCCGUGCUACGCUCGCCUUGUACAAGGCUAAGAAGAGGGCCGAGGAGGAGAUGAGCGUGGCUGAGACCGAAGGGGAGGAUGACGAGGCUCCUCAUGUCGACAUGGAUGAGUUGUUGGACGACUUCGAUGAGCUAACAGUGCAGGAUCGACCAAUGGAAGAUUAG